UAUAUUUCUAAAUUCUAACAUAACCUAAAUCUAAAUGUGUGCCGCUGCCUAGUGCCUGCCUCUCUCUACUAUCUUAUCUUUCUUCAUCUCCGACUCUGCACUCUUGAGUCUUGACCAGGCGGCGAAGCUCCAGCAGUCUCGGCUCCAGGCGAGUCUCGGCUCCAGGCGAGUCUCAGCUCCACGCGGUCUCUACUCGACGACUCCAGGCGAAGCUGCACGCAUUCUUUGCUCCAGGCGGUGACGCGGCUCCAGGCAGUCGACCGGAGGGCAUGGGAUACAACACAGGCAGUCGACGGAGUUCAGGUUAGUCCCUUGAUUUAACUAGGGACAAAACUAUAAACUAUACAGAUGAGGUACGUGAAGGCUUUGAGCUUAUUCCAAGACUUGCUUAAGACUGAUGGACUUGAACGUGGGCGCUUGCUCGGUUUAGACGUUGGUACUAAGUACAUUGGUUUGGCUGUUUCUGAUCUAAACAACAAGAUCGCUUCACCUUUGAGUGUUCUUGUAAGGAAAAAGUACAAUAUUGAGUUAAUAGCUGAUAAUUUUAAGUGUCUGAUAUCUGAACUUUCUUUGGAAGGAUUUGUUGUGGGCUUAACCUUUGACCGACAAAAGAGUACUACUGAUUCUGUGCUUGUGAAGCUCUUCUUGGAUGAACUAAGCAAUACAAACAAACUUACCGGUAUCAAAUACACAUACUGGGAUGAGCGCUUUACCUCAAGGAAUGUGGAAAUGCUACUAAAGCCUUUGAAUUUACAUCCGGUUCAUUCGAAGACAAUUGUCGAUAAGUUUGCUGCGGUUGGCAUUCUACAGGAAUACCUGGAUUAUGUGAACAAGGAACAGAAGAAAUGAAAGUGUCUUUAUGUUUUUGGUCUUAAGCUUUUGAGGUUCCCAAAUAUUAGAGAAUGGUUGACUAUAGAUUAUAGAUGUCCUUAUUGUGAAUAUAUAGUGUCAGCACAAAUUUCUUUCAAGGGAGGUGGUCCUCUGAGAUUUGCAGGGAAGCGUCCAGAACUUAAAAUGCUUAUUGAACUUGAGUCCAACCAUAUCAUGAUUUCUCCGUCUGGUAACAAAAUCUCUGAUACUAUUAAUUCAAUUCUACUUGAAGCUCUAGACUUGAUGUCUACUUCAUCAAAUAUAGCCUGCUUUUGCACAAGACAACUGAAAUUUUUCUCCGGAAAACUAACUGCUGCUUUAAAGGUGUGCUGUGGAUUAUUAUGUUGUGAUAUUUUACUAUACUGUUAACAACAGAUCCUCCUUGUUCCCUCUAUCCUGGCUCUUCUUCUUUCCUCAAAUGAACUGCUACUAUAGGAUUUUGGAUUGUGCAAAAAGUGUUGUAUGUGAUCCCACACAAGAGAUUCAUCCACACUUGAAAAAGAGAAUAAAUAAUUAUAAAUGGUGGCCAAUUUUUUAAUUA